UAAGCCUAGAAACAAACAUGUCCUUGGGAAUAUCAAAGGAUGACCAUUUUCUGUAGAAGAAAGAGUACACGUUGUUUAAGAAGGACCGCGUCUCAUCUUGUAGUCAAACGUGUCUCCUCAUCACUUCACCUUUUCUUGAAUCUUCUUCUAUGCGUCUGCCACAACACCACCAAUACUCUCUUUUCAAUUUGUGGGUUCAUAUAAAAUUCAUACUUCCCCUGUUUUUUUUACUUGUUUUGGCAUAUUGGGUCACUGUUUUCAAUUGCAACUUUUCAUUCACUUUUGCUUGGGGUAAUCAAUAGUAGGAAUGGUUCAGAUUAAGGAAUUUCGAAUUGUGGUGCCCUUAUCAUUGGUAGAGUAUCAGGUAGCUCAGAUGUACAUGGUCAUGAAAAUGCAACAGGAAACCACCAUAGGCGAUGAAGGAGUGGAGGUUUUACAGAACAAACCAUUUAGUGAUGAUGAAUUUGGAGAGGGCCAGUACACAUCAAAGUUCUACCACUUGUAGAGCAAAGAGCCAUUUUGGGUUACUACAUUUGCACCAGCUGAUGCCCUUGUGAUGCAAGAGGAAGCCUGGAAUGCAUAUCCUAAAUGUCGAUCAGUUGUUAAGUUACCAUAUUUUUCGAAGUUCUUUAUGAGUGUCGACACUAUCCACAAAGCUGACAAUGGGUAUUCUGAGAAUGUGCAUGGCCUGAGUGAGAACCAACUGGCAGUUAGGCAGGUGGAAUUUAUUGAUAUUGCUUCAGCUGCCACUGAUUAUUGGAGUUACGUAGUUGGAAGAAACAAUGUUGAUUUCUCUAAUUUCCAAUCAGCAAGAUGUGGUCGUGGACCACUCUUGGAAGGCUGGCAGGACCUCUGUAAUCCCGUUAUGACAACAUACAAACUGGUGACCGUAGAUGCUCCAUACUGGGGGUUUGGGAGCAGAUUGGAACAAGCUUUGAUGGCGGGGGAAAGGUCACUUUUCCUAGAAAGCCAUCGUAAUUGCUUUGCCUGGAUUGAUGAAUGGUUUGGGUUGACAGUAGAGGUGUUGCGUGAGUUGGAGCGACAGAGUGAUUAUGCAUUGAAUAUGAAACUUGGCCGGCCUUGCUCGGCAGAGAGUUGGAUGACACAAGAGGAAUCUCCACUUGAAGGCGAAAAGUCUGUUGCAUGAAUGUGUGAUGUUCAUAUCUUUGUUUAACAGCUGUUGGUAUGGUUUUCAGAUUCGUAUACGUGGAGUGGGUCACCUAUCAUAGAAGUUUAUUGGCUUUACAAUGUAGUUUGCUGCGGCGAUAUGUAUGCUGUCCGCAGUGUAGUUUGCUGCGGUGGUAUGUAUGCUGUCAGCUUGUACAUGAAAAGGCAGGGCAGAUGUUAAUAUUAUCCACAUGUAGCAAGGUUUUGUUUUCUGAUGCUUCUAUUUUUUUAGAAGUAAGAUUAGGUAAAAAUGAAAGUUAUGUAGAACUGGAGACACAUUUUAGUGUAUGUUGGUUAGCUUAUUGAUCAUAAAGGCAUGAAGUGUAUAUGAUGAUAGUUUAGAAAUACAAUUGAAUUUUCGUGUACAUUUUCUGGAUUCAUUUUUAGGGAUCUUUAAUCUUUACUUAUUUGCAC